CCCAGUCAUUGGCCGUUUCCAAUUUCUUUACUAAUUAUUGGCCACCAACAAAAAAACCUUAUUAUUAAGGUUUUGACGCUAUAAAGCAUAGGUUAUUUUGUUUUGAGCAAAAUCUGGCAACUUCGGUUUAUUGCUAGCUUGAGUAGGGAAAUAUAUUCCCGCCAAUUCCGUUCAGUAACCAACUUUGUUUUACUGUGGUUCACCGCCGAGUUGAUCCUCCUGGUCAAGAAAAGGAGAUUUGCUAAGAGUUGCCCAUAUUGGUUUUGGAUCUAAAAUUUACAAAAAAACAUGCCAAAAAUUAUAUCUGGCGAAAAGUAUCAGAAAAAAUAUGACGAAGAAAACUUACAGAAAGCUUUACGGGAAGUUUAUAAUGGAUUGCCACUGAGAGAAGUUGCAAGACGUUUUGGUAUUCCACGAGCUACCCUACAAUUUAGAAGGAGUCAGAAAUUUGUUAAAACAAGUUUUGGUCCAAAUCCAAUUUUGUCUUAUGAUGAGGAAAAAAUUUUAGUAAAAUGGAUAUCUGAAAACCACAAACGCGGAUUUCCCUGUCGAAAGGAAAACAUUCAGGAAUCAGUAAAAGAAUUUCUUGACAAAAAUCCUAGAGAAAAUCCAUUUGUUAACAAUCGUCCCGGCGAGGCGUGGUAUAAAGCUUUCUUACGAAGAAAUCCAGAAAUAACUAUUCGUACAGCAGAAGCAGUAACUGCAGCUAGCGCCAAUGUCUCAGAAAAUGACAUAAGAAGAUGGUUUACACAAAUAGAGGAGUUUUUACAGGAGAAAAAUUUAAUGGACGUUUUUCAAGACCCAGACCGUAUAAUGAAUGCUGAUGAGACUUGCUUCUUUCUUUGUCCCAAGAAUACUAAAGUACUUGCUCCAAAAGGGGCAAGAAAUGUUUAUGAAAUGGAACAUGCGUCAUCUAAAACUACUUUAACGGUGAUGUUCACUUUUAGAGCCUCUGGGAAAGUAACGCCUCCGAUGAUAAUCUACCCGUACAAAAGACUUCCCAUGAAUGUUGCAAAAUCAAUUCCUGGGGAAUGGGGAAUAGGUCUUUCUGACACAGGCUGGAUGAAGGCGGAAAUCAUGUGUGAUUACAUUGAAAACGUUCUAUAUCCACAUUUGAAAAAUAGUAAUACCACUUUUCCAGUAAUUUUAUUCUUAGAUGGACAUAGUACGCAUUUAACAUAUAAACUCAGCUGUUUGUGUAAAAGGCUUGAAAUAGUCUUAAUAUGUUUGUAUCCAAACUCAACGAGAUUACUCCAACCGGCAGAUGUGGCUGCUUUUAAGCCUAUAAAGAAUGGAUGGAAAAAAGCAGUAAUCGAGUGGAGAAGAGAUCAUCCAUUGGAAUCAUUAACCAAGGAACAUUUCGCACCUGUAUUAAAAUUAGCCAUAGAUCGAUGUGCCAAAUCCCAAACAAUAAAGAAUGGAUUUAGGGCAACUGGGUUGUAUCCAUGGGAUGUGAAUUCAAUAGACUUUUUCAAGUGUUUGGGGGGCCAAAACAAGCCAGCUAAUACCAACAAAGAAACAGAAUCAGAGAAACUAGCAACCAGAUACAUAAGCCAAGAAGAGUUCGUGCGUAUUGUUGGAAAUAAUAUAAUAGACGAGUUUAAAA